AUGCGACUAAUUCCAAACAUCCUCAGCGCUAUCGGAGUCUUUUCGACCGUCACGACUGCUGUUCCCGUGCAGUCAAGCAGCGAUGGCGGAAGAGUUUCCCUUCACGCUCGGCGUGUGUUGGGUUCCUCCUUUGGAGUCCCGGGAAAUCAGACUUUUGACUACGUCGUCAUCGGCGGUGGAACAGCCGGGCUGACCAUCGCAACAAGAUUGGCAGAACAAGGCGCAGGCACCGUAGCGGUAAUUGAAGCCGGCAGUUUUUAUGAGCUUGACAAUGGCAACCUCAGCCAGAUCCCGGCAAACGAUGCCUACUACGUGGGAAAGGAUAUUGACGAUUGGCAGCCAGGGAUUGACUGGGGAUUCCGCACGAUCCCGCAAGCGGGCGCCCAUGGACAGGUCAGCCAUUAUGCCCGGGGAAAGUGUCUUGGAGGCAGUUCGGCCAGGAACUACAUGGCGUAUCAACGAGGCACUAAAUCCGCGUACAACAUGUGGGCCAACACGGUUGGGGAUGCGAGCUAUACUUGGGAGAACUUUCUUCCUUACUUCGAGAAAAGCCUGCAUUUCACGCCGGCCGAUGAUACACUGCGUGGGGCCAAUGCCAGUGUGGAAUAUGACGCGACAGUGCUCGGUAAUCGACAGGGACCACUGUCGGUGACCUAUCCUCACUACGCACAGAGCUUCGCCACGUGGGCCCGCAAAGCGUUCCAAGAAAUGGGAUUGAAAAUCCGCAAAGGGUUUCAGAGCGGAGAGCUCCUAGGCCAGUCCUUCGGGUUGUACACCAUCAACGCAACGACCAUGCAUCGCGAGUCUUCCGAGACCUCCUUUUUGCGACUCGGGCUCACGUACCCCAAUUUCCUGGUCUUCCAGUCGACGCUGGCGAGACGGAUUCUCUUUGACGACAGGAAGCGGGCGGUUGGUGUGAAGGUGGACACGCAGGGAUAUCAAUUCACUCUUUCUGCACGAAAGGAGGUCAUUCUUUCUGCCGGGGCCUUCCAAUCGCCCCAACUGCUCAUGGUGUCGGGAAUUGGCCCCUCUGCGAUUCUGAAUGAACAUGGCAUUCCGGUCAUCGCAGACCGGCCUGGAGUGGGUCAGAACAUGCAGGAUCAUAUCAUCUAUGCACCUUCGUACCGGGUCAGCCUCGUCACGCAAUCCGCCCUGCUCGAUCCGGCCUUUGAGGCCCAGGCCAACAAAGACUACAACGAGAGGGCCGCGGGCAUCUACACCAAUCCCACCUCGGAUCUCCUUGCAUGGGAGAAGGUCCCCGAACCGAUGCGAUCAGACUGGUUGUCCGACGAAACCCUACAGGUUCUCGCGGAGUAUCCGACGGACUGGCCUGAAGUCGAGUUCCUGACCAUGGGUGCCUACUUUGGGUAUCAGAAGAACUACAUCCGGGACAACCCGAGAGACGGAUACAACUAUGCUUCGCUGGCGGUCUCGCUCUGCACUCCUCGAUCGCGGGGAAAUGUUAGCAUCUCCUCUGCCGACGCUGCAGAACCUCCUUUGAUUAAUCCCAACUGGCUUACGGACCCCGUGGAUGUGGAGCUCGCCGUCGCGGCGUUUAAGCGGACGCGCAACUUCUUCAAUACCAGUGCGAUUCAACCGGUCCUCCUCGGGCCGGAGUAUUUCCCUGGACCUCAAGUCGCAACCGACGCGGAAAUCGAGGACCAUGUGCGCAAGAGCUUUGAUACCAUCUUCCACGCCUCUUGUACGUGCGCCAUGGGGAAGCCGGAUGACGAAUACGCUGUGGUGGACUCCAAGGCUCGUGUUAUUGGCGUUGAAGCCCUGCGGGUGGUGGAUGCAUCUGCCUUCCCGUUCCUUCCUCCUGGUCAUCCUCAGUCUACCAUCUAUGCGCUGGCGGAGAAGAUUGCAUGUGACAUUUCGGGUGCUUGUUCAGUUACAAUGUCUCUGUGA